AUAUAAUGUACCUUCCUUCACACUAUCGGAGUCAUCUCAGUGUUGGCAGAUUUCAUGAAGCUCUGAUGCAAGAUGUAUGUGACCCUAAAAAGAUGGAGUCUCCUGCCCUUUGCCACCAUCCUCCUGUCCAUCCAUCCCACACAAACUGCAGUGGUGAAUUCAAUGGCUGAAUGUCCUGGGUUUGUUCUUGAUGAAAAAACACCAAAUGUCCCCGACGUCUUGCAGAACGGGACGAUCCUGGACCAGAACCGAUAUAAAGUCAUUUGCCAGACCUUCAAUAACAAGCCUCAGUUUGUGACUCUCUACGACACCAGCAACAGGAUACCAGUGUUUUCUGCUUUCAAGUACAGAGGGACAGAUGGAAAAAAGAGUAAUAGACCACGUCGUUGGAUGAUGGAGCCAGAGCUCGAGCCGACGGCAAACCCCAUCAACAUGAGGAACGAUGAAAACCAAAACCAAAAACAGGCCAGUAACUCUGACUAUAUCUCCAGUGAAAAGAAGUACAAUAGGGGCCAUUUAUUUCCAAUGAGUUAUGGAUAUGAUGCAAAUGACCAAGACUCCACAUUCACCUUGACAAACAUUGUUCCACAAGUGAAGACUUUCAAUGGUGGCAGCUGGGAAAAAAUGGAAGAAUGUGUCAAAUGCAUCCUGAACGAACACUGCAUCAACAAUAAUAAUCUCCCCGAAGGCUUUGUAGUGACCGGGGCAAAGCCCGGCAACACCCAACUCAAAGAAAGGGUGAAUAUACCAUCCCUUCUCUGGUCAGCAUUCUGCUGUUACAAUCACAGAAUUGAGAAGUAUGUGGCGGCUGCAUACUGGGGUGACAAUGUUCAUGAAGAACUUAAUUCAAUAACACUUGAGCAAAAGACUUUGGCCGAACUUCAUAAACAUCUGGGAUUUGAGGUGUUUCCUGGAACACAGUGUCCUCUUUAUGAAACUGGCCUACAAGAGGAACAAAGUAGAAGAAGUACAAUAGGUAUUUCUGCUUCUUCUUCUCUUUGCCAAUGUCUUCCCCAAACUUCAACCACAUCUGCCCCUCCCACUACCAAAACUAGCUUUCCCUCUUCCACCGUCUCUACACCCUUGAGCACCACUUUAUCUACAACUACAGACAAAACAAUAACAGUCCCUACAACCACAACAACAACCACCACAACAACAUCGACAAAGACAACAACUACAAAGAAAAAGAAAGAUAAUCCUGAUGAUAACAAGGGUGGUGAAGGAGGAGAUGGUGGAGGAGGAGGAGGAGGUGCUUUAGGAGGUGCUAUAGGUGCUUUAGGAUGUGCUUUAGUAGGUGCUAUAGGUGCUUUAGGAGGUGCUUUAGGAGGUGCUAUAGGUGCUUUAGUAGGUGCUUUAGUAGGUGCUAUAGGUGCUUUAGUAGGUGCUAUAGGUGCUUUAGUAGGUGCUUUAGUAGGUGUUGUAGGUGCUUUAGGAGGUGCUUUAGUAGGUGCUUUAGGUGCUUUAGAAGGUGCUUUACGUGCUUUAGUAGGUGCUUUAGUAGGUGCUAUAGGUGCUUUAGUAGGUGCUUUAGUAGGUGCUGUAGGUGCUUUAGUAGGUGCUUUAGUAGGUGCUUUAGGUGCUUUAGGAGGUGCUUUAGGAGGUGCUUUAGGUGCUUUAGUAGGUGCUAUAGGUGCUUUAGGAGGUGCUUUAGGGGGUGCUUUAGGUGCUUUAGUAGGUGCUUUAGGAGGUGCUUUAGGUGCUUUAGUAGGUGCUUUAGGAGGUGUUUUAGGAGGUGCUUUAGGUGCUUUAGGAAGUGCUUUCGGUGCUUUAGGAAGUGCUUUAGGUGCUUUAGGAGGUGCUUUAGGUGCUUUAGUAAGUGCUUUAGGUGCUUUAGGAAGUGCUUUAGGAAGUGCUUUAGGUGCUUUAGGAAGUGCUUUAGGAAGUGCUUUACGUGCUUUACGAAGUGCUUUAGGAAGUGCUUUACGUGCUUUAGGAGGGGCUUUAGGAAGUGCUUUACGUGCUUUACGUGCUUUACGUGCUUUAGGAAGUCAUUUACGUGCUUUACGUGCUUUAGGAAGUGCUUUACAUGCUUUAAGAGGUGCUUUAGGAAGUGAUUUAAGUGCUUUAGGUGAUGUAGGUGCUUUAGGUGCUUUAGGUGCUUUAGGUGCUUUAAUUGCUUUAGGUGCUUUAGGUGCUUUAGUAGGUACUUUAGGAAGUGCUUUAGAAGCUUUAGUAGGUGCUUUAGGAAGUGCUUUUGGUGCUUUAGGAGGUGCUUUAGGAGGUGCUUUAGGAGGUGCUUUAGUUGCUUUAGGUGGUUUUGGUGAAUUCUGUGCUUUAAAAUGUGCUUUAGGAGGUGCUUUAGGAGGUGCUUUAGUAGGUGCUUUAGGAGGUGCUUUAGGAGGUGCUUUUGGAGGUGCUUUAGGAGGCGCUUUAGGAGGUGCUUUAGGAGGUGCUUUAGGAGGUGCUUUAGGAGGUGCAUUUGGAGCUUUAGGUGCUUUAGGUGCUUUAGGAUGUGAUGUAGUGGGUGCUUUAGUUGCUUUAGGUGCUUUAGGUGCUUUAGGAGGUGCUUUAGGUGCUUUAGUAGGUGCUUUAGGUGCAUUAGGAGGUGCUUUAGGUGCUUUAGGAGGUGCUUUAGGUGCUCUAGGAGCUUAUUUAGCAGCUUUCGGUUCAUUAGUUGCCUUAGCUGCUUUACCAGAUGCUUUAGGAAUUAAUUUACGUGCUUUACGUGCUUUAGGAAGUGCUUUACAUGCUUUCAGAGGUGCUUUAGGAAGUGCUUUAAGUGCUUUAGGUGAUGUAUGUGCUUUAGGUGCUUUAGGUGCUUUAGGAAGUAAUUUACGUGCUUUAGGAAGUGCUUUACAUGCUUUAAGAGGUGCUUUAGGAAGUGCUUUAGGUGAUGUAGGUGCUUUAGGUGCUUUAGGUGCUUUAGGUGCUUUAAUUGCUUUAGGUGCUUUAGGUGCUUUAGUAGGUACUUUAGGAAGUGCUUUAGAAGCUUUAGUAGGUGCUUUAGGAAGUGCUUUUGGUGCUUUAGGAGGUGCUUUAGGAGGUGCUUUAGGAUGUGCUUUAGUUGCUUUUGGUGGUUUUGGUGAAUUCUGUACUUUAAAAGGUGCUUUAGGAGGUGCUUUAGGAUGUGCUUUAGUAGGUGCUUUAGGAGGUGCUUUUGGAGGUGCUUUUGGAGGUGCUUUUGGAGGUGCUUUAGGAGGCGCUUUAGGAGGUGCUUUAGGAGGUGCAUUUGGAGCUUUAGGUGCUUUAGGUGCUUUAGGAUGUAAUGUAGUGGGUGCUUUAGUUGCUUUAGGUGCUUUAGGUGCUUUAGGAGGUGCUUUAGGUGCUUUAGUAGGUGCUUUAGGUGCUCUAGGAGGUGCUUUAGGUGCUUUAGGAGGUGCUUUAGGUGCUCUAGGAGCUUAUUUAGCAGCUUUCGGUUCAUUAGGUGCCUUAGCUGCUUUACCAGAUGCUUUAGGAGGUUCUUUAUGGUGCUUUAGUAGGAGGAGGUGUGUGUUUGUGUUUGUGUGUGUGUGUGUUUGUGUGUGUGUGCAGCUGCAGCUGCAGCAGUAUCUGAUGUAAAGUUUUGUUUGUGCACGUGCAGCCGUGCAUAAACAGCUAAGCUAAUGUGGAAGUUGAGGCGAGACGUCAAGACAUCUCACACACACACACACACACACACACACACACACACACACACACACACACACACACACACACA